AUGGACCCUUCUCUGCAGGUGUGGUUGUCUGUCCUCUGCAUCUUAUUCAGCACAGCAGGAGCAAACAACUCAUCGUAUCCUGAUAUAGUAUUAUUUACUUCAGUAUUCACUUCUAUCGAUCAUGAGUCUGGCAUCAAUCAGAGCAAUCAGAGCGAAGAGCACAUCAUUAUUUCAAAUGACACUGAAAGAUACCUGACUAGUGUAUGGCUGGCCUGGUUUGUUCCUUCAAUCCACACUCUUGUAGUUGCAUUGAGUCUUCCUCUGAACAUCAUAGCAAUCCUUAUGUUUGUGAUCAAAUUAAAGAUUAAGAAACCAGCCACUGUGUAUAUGCUCAACCUGGCCUCUGCUGAUGUGCUGUUUGUGAGCACACUGCCUUUUAAGAUUUUCUAUGAGUUUUCUGGACGCAACUGGAUCUUUGGACCAGAAAUGUGCCGCUUUGUCACUGCAGCCUUCUACUGCAACAUGUACUGCUCCAUACUGCUGAUGACGGCGAUAAGCAUUGACCGCUUCUUGGCAGUGGUGUAUCCAAUGCAGGCUCUGUCAUGGCGCACAGUAAGGCGUGCCUCUGUGGCAUGCUGUGUCAUCUGGCUUAUAGCCAUAGCUGGAGUUACCCCUCUGCUUAUCACAGAACAAACUAAGAAAAUCCCUCAGCUAAAUAUUACUACUUGCCGAGAUGUGAUAGAUUUGUCUGUUGUGUUGGAAAUACUUCAGUAUUAUUUUUCUGCAUCAACUAUUUUAUUCUUUUUUGUACCAUUAAUAAUUUCUGUCUCCUGUUACAUUUGUAUUAUAAGAAAACUUAGUGCAUCUAAAAUAACUCCUGAAAAACCUGGUAAGAAGAGGCGGGCCAAACUCUUGUCUGCUGCUGUCUUGUGUUCUUUUAUUUUAUGUUUUGGGCCUACUAAUGUCUUGGCCUUGGUGCAAAACUUAUUCCUUUCAGCUGAUCAAAGGUUUGAGGGUCUCACUUUUUCCUACAUGCUAGCUCUCUCUAUUGGUACCAUCAACUGUUGCAUUGACCCAUUGAUCUAUUAUUAUGCUUCUUCUGAGUGUCAAAGGCAGGUCAGGAAUCUCUUUUGUCAUAAAAAGCAUUCUGAGUUUGAUAAAAGUCAGACAACAAGCACUAAUAUGGGGACCUUUUCCAAUAGUUUGAAUCAUUUAUCUCAAGCAUAG